GUGGAACUCUGUUUCAGUAUGGCGGCGUGUAAGCGCAAGGAAGCAUCGUAUUUUGUUACGUAAGCCAUAUACCUCGUGAUAUAUCAGUUUCUCGAUUGUUUCGAGAAUAACGGUGACUACGACGAGUCAAAAGAAAUGUUCCGAGGCGGACGGUGGUGUUGUCAUUGCUGGAAACAAUGAUUGUGAUACGACUGUUGGAAAUCUGCGACCCGAACACGAUAGAAUCGAGAAUUCAGUAACGCACGAAGAGUCCACACGCAACAUGUCUACGAUAAAAACCACAGGGACGGGAACCACGCGAGUUCUCCCGGUGUUCAGUCAUGUCAAAUAUGAACAUCUGAUUGCUGGUCUGUCCGGCGGGGUCUUGUCGACCUUGAUGCUGCAUCCCUUGGACCUGAUAAAAAUCAGAUUUGCCGUUAACGAUGGCAUCACACAUUCUACUCCACAGUACAGUGGUCUUCGGGGUGCCUUCGUAGAAAUCCACAGGACAGAGGGACUGAGAGGCCUCUACAGAGGGGUAGUACCAAAUAUUCUGGGCUCAGGCAGCUCUUGGGGAUUCUAUUUUUUCUUCUAUAACACAAUAAAAACAUGGAUUCAAGGUGGAAAUGCAAAGAAGCCUGUGGGCCCAGUAAUGCACAUGUUGGCUGCAGCCGAUGCUGGGAUUAUGACACUGUUAAUAACGAAUCCAAUCUGGGUAGUUAAGACGCGGCUUUGCCUUCAAUAUACAAGUGAUGUGAAUCUUGCAGAAAGCAAAAGGUACUCCGGCUUGGUUGAUGCUCUCACCAAAAUAUAUAAAACAGAGGGUAUUCGAGGACUCUACAAGGGUCUUGUUCCCGGAAUGUUCGGUGUCUCACACGGCGCGCUUCAGUUUAUGACGUAUGAGGAAAUGAAGAAUAGCUAUAACGACUACCGAGGAUUACCCAUAGACACAAAACUGAGUACAACGGAUUAUAUUGGUUUUGCCGCCUUAUCAAAAUUGUUCGCUGCUAUGGCGACGUACCCGUAUCAAGUAGUGAGGGCUCGACUUCAGGAUCACCAUCACGACUACAGAGGAACUUGGCAUUGUAUUCAACUAACAUGGAGGGGUGAAGGUUGGCGUGGCUUUUACAAAGGGUUAGGCCCUAAUCUUGUCAGAGUGACGCCCGCGACUAUCAUCACAUUCGUCACCUAUGAGAACGUUUCCUACAAACUGCUACGCGCCAAGUCAUCCCGCACGGAGGAUUUACCGGCAACUACCGCUGUCGCUAUAUUGAACACGUCAAAAACUGAGGUAACAGCGAAUUGAGUCCACCUCCCCGCAGAACCGACCCAUUCGGAAGUUAUCCAUAUAAUUCAAAGACUGUUCAAGAUAUUCGGACAGUGAAGAGCAAUGACUGAAAGGUUCACCAUUGCAUGUUUUUAUGUUCCAAACAGACUAUGUACUGAAUUUCGUUACUUGCAAGUGUAACUAUAAGUUGUUAAUGUUAAAUUUGAAUUUUGUAAAGAUAGGAGUAUUUGAAUGUUCCUGCCAUUAUAAUCCUUUCAUCAG